GCACGCCUCCAUGUCUGGUGCUAGCAGGAGGUGGUCCUCAUUCCCACAGGCCAGCUCUCCCUUGACCGCCACUGUUGGGGGUUUGGUGGACCCAUGGCAUUUGCUGGCGUGGGCUGAGCCCCCCGCUUGAAAUGGCCGCGUCCUCGUCCCCGCUGGCCCUCGAUGGCCUGGAUAUGGUGUACAUUGUGGUGGAGCUGGUGAUUGCCGUGCUGGCCAUCGCGGGCAACGUCCUCGUGUGCUGGGCAGUGGCGAUCAACAGCACCCUGAAGAACGCCACCAACUACUUCCUGGUCUCCCUGGCGGUGGCCGACAUCGCCGUGGGGCUCCUCGCCAUCCCCUUCGCCAUCACCAUCAGUAUCGGCCUGCGGAUCAACUUCCAUUCCUGCCUCUUCCUGGCCAGCUUUGUCCUGGUCCUCACCCAGAGCUCCAUCUUCAGCUUACUGGCCGUGGCUGUGGACCGGUACUUGGCGAUCAAGAUCCCACUUAGAUACAAGAGCAUCGUGACGGGGAAACGGGCCCGGGUCCUCAUUGCCGUGCUCUGGAUCCUCUCCUUCGGCAUCGGGCUCACCCCGCUGAUGGGCUGGAACCACGGGGAGAACGCCACCACCUGCGCCGAGAACUUCACGACCUUUGCCAACGGGAGCCCCGUGGAGGCGGCUCGGCACAGGCCCUGCCAGGUGAGAUGCCUCUUUGAGGAAGUGGUGACCAUGAGCUACAUGGUCUACUUCAACUUCUUCGGCUGCGUCCUGCUCCCGCUGCUCAUCAUGCUGGGCAUCUACGCCAAGAUCUUCCUGGUGGCCUGCAAGCAGCUGCGGCAGAUGGAGCUGAUGGGCAACUCCCGCACGACGCUGCAGAAGGAGGUCAACGCCGCCAAGUCUCUGGCCAUCAUCGUGGGCCUCUUUGCCCUCUGCUGGCUGCCCCUCCACAUCCUGAACUGCCUGACCCUCUUCCACCCGGAGCUGGUCAAGCCCACCGAGAUCAUGAACCUAGCCAUUGUCCUCUCCCACGCCAACUCGGUCGUCAACCCCAUCAUCUACGCCUACCGCAUCCAGGACUUCCGCUUCACCUUCCGGAAGAUUCUCUGGCGGUACGUCCUCUGCAAGGCCGACGACUUCCCCAAGGGCGCUAAAGGAGGCGGCGGCGGCGGCAGCAACCGCGACCUGGUGGUCGCCAGCAUCAUCACGUCGCCGACCUGCAUUUGAGGACUACCUCGUUUUUGGAGGUCCUGGCAGAAAUGUGUGACCCUCGAAACUCCGGGAGGAGUCCGUGACGACAACUGACCGCUAUUGGGCUGUGUUUGUACUGCCGCAGUUCGAAUCUGCGGCCCUUAAUAUGCAUAUCUAUUCCUGCUGUCAGCAGGGGGUGAGAAUGGAUGGCCUCUGGAUGGCCCCUUGUCUCUAACUCUUAAAACAGUGAUGAUUCAUUUUGUGGUUUUAGCUGUGUUUGGUUAUUUUAUUUUUUAAGUUGUGCCUCUGAGAGGAGGAAUCCUACCAUCAACCUUACAUGCUGUCUAAGUCCCUAACGGAUGAAACUUUAGGGGGGUGGGUGAGAGAGAGGGGAUGAGAUUUAUAUUUCCUCCCGAAAGAGAGAGAAAAGAAAAUCACGUCGAAUUCUUGCCUCUGGAACAAGGGCCGGUUUCCCCAACCAUGCUACUCUCGCGCUUUCUUGUGCUGAGGUCGUUUUUUCCCCAUUGUUCAAAGAUAACUUUUUAAAAAUAUAUACGUGAUGGAUUUGUUGUUUUGACUAAGAAUGUUGCGUGUUUGUGUCUGUCUCUCUCUCUCUCGU